GAAAUUAAUUAUCACAAUAGUAUUGGAAUUGAUCUUGUUGCCAUGUCCGCUAAUGAUCUCCUAGCAAGAGGCGCUGAAGCUGUUGCUAUGUUAGACUACAUUUCAUAUAGUUCUCUUGGCAAAGAAGUUAUCCAAGCCAUACUUUCCGGGAUUGCAACUGGCUGCCGUAUAGCUGGUUGUGCUCUUGUUGGUGGUGAAACAGCUCAAAUGCCAGGGCUUUAUCCUGCGGGUACAUAUGAUCUUGCCGGAUUUGCUAUAGGAUAUGUCGAACGCGGUCAGGAUCUACCUGAAAUAGAUACGAUUAUACCCGGAGAUAAAGUGAUAGGUAUUGCUUCAUCGGGAAUUCAUAGCAACGGAUUCAGCUUAAUUAGACGAAUUGUUGAACAAAAACAGUUACAUUAUGAUAUGCCGGCACCAUUUUCGGUCCAGUCAUCCAAUAUUGGUAAAGCCCUCUUAAUUCCAACGAAAAUUUAUUGUCGAUCAUUAUUGUCGGUGCUAAGAUCAUCGUUGGUGAAAGCUUAUGCUCAUAUUACCGGCGGUGGCUUAGUAGAUAAUGUUAGCCGCAUUUUACCCCAAAAUUGUAAAGCAGUAAUUGAUGCUCAUCAAUGGAAAAUGGCUGAUGUAUUUAAAUGGAUAGCAAACGAAGGUAAACGGUGCAGCAUGUACGAAGACAGUAGGUCGAAUUCUCGAUAA